GCAUGGUAUACAUGCUGUAAUCUAACCUAACUUUUCUUUAUUUUUGUUUUCAUUUCGACAGUACGUGUAAAUAACAAGAAUGUCCAGAUUACCACAAAAAAGAUUCUACCGGCAAAGGGCCCAUUCCAAUCCGAUAGCCGAUCACUGUUUCACAUACCCAUCACAUCCCAGUCAAUUCGAUUGGAAAGCGCUGUAUCCGAAUAUUGGCGAGAGUAAAGUGGAAUUUGCUGAUAUUGGUUGUGGCUAUGGGGGCUUUUUGGUCACAUUGGGUGAACUGUUUCCGGAUAAAUAUGCCAUCGGAAUGGAAAUACGAGUUAAAGUGUCCGACUAUGUGAUCGACAGAAUUGUUGCAUUGCGGCAACUACACCCAGACAAAUAUGGGAACAUAGCCUGUUUACGGACGAAUGCCAUGAAAUAUUUACCGAAUUUCUUCGAGAAGAACCAAUUGUCCAAGAUGUUCUUCAUGUAUCCGGAUCCACAUUUCAAAAGGUCGAAACACAAAUGGAGAAUCAUCAAUCAGGCCCUGUUAACGGAAUACAGCUAUGUGUUGCGCCCGGGCGGUCUAAUUUAUACGAUAACAGAUGUCAAAGACUUACACGAAUGGAUAGUGAAGCAUAUGGAAGAGCAUCCGCUUUAUGUUCGCCUUGGCGACGAAGAACUGGAAAUUGACCCUGUCGUUGAAAAACUGUACGAGACUAGCGAAGAAGGAAUUAAAGUGACGAGAAACAAAGGUGAUAAAUUCGUGGCAGUGUACCGGCGUCUGUGACUCCCUGCCACUAAUUUUGCAUUAAAUGUAUUCUACUCUUGAGUCCAGCGUUGUAGUUUUGGUAAAAUACAUUUUAAUUUCAACAGAAAACACAAAA